AAAAUAUUUUUUACUUGUUGGAUUUUUAAGUCUAAAAAAAAUUAUUCAAGUUGUCUAAAUGCGAAAAUUAACAUGACACCAUCGAGAGAUUUAUUAAAACAAAUAAUACUAGAGAUUAAUGAACCAAUAUUAUUUAAUGGAAUUAUUAGUAAUGAUAAUGAUAAUAAUUGGAACAAAUUAGAAUUAAAUAAUUUUAUAAAAUUACUGGGUGAUAAUAAAUUACCUUUUAGAGUUGGUAAAAAUAAAGCGACUAUUGAACCACAGUGGGACAUAAAUUGUCCUGUUCAAUUGAUGACAAUAAAUGAAUUUAUGGAAAUCAGUGAUGAUAAUAAUAAUGAGGACUGGUAUUAUUUUGAUUAUAAAUAUAUGCAUGAGUGGUUUAAUGACAAGCCAGAAAUAUUAGAAGCUGUUGAUUGGAAGCUGUUCGGUUUUGAAAAGUCUGGAAGAGACUCGACCCUUUGGAUUGGUAGCAAAGGUGCUCAUACUAAUUGUCAUCAAGAUACUUACGGGUGUAAUUUAAUUGCUCAGUUACAUGGCAGAAAAGAAUGGUUGCUUUUUCCGCCAGAUUCGGGUAUUCAGUUGAAGCAAACGAGAAUACCGUAUGAAGAAUCAACGAUAUAUAGUAAAUAUAAUUUUUUUUCUCCAACGAAAAAUGACAGAGAAGCGUUGGAGCGAGUAAAUAAAGCCGCAAAGUCUGUUGUUUUGAAGCAAGGCCAAGUUUUAUUUGUACCGAAAGGCUGGUGGCAUUAUGUAGAGUCCUUAGAUUUUUCUGUAAGUGUCAAUGUAUGGUUACCAUUGGAAAGUGAUAAUGAGGGUAGACUGAGGGAAGCUGUUACUAAAUUUUUAAUGUCUAAGAUGGAAAAUGUUCCAGCUUCUGAAGAUCUUAAAUCUGUUGAUUUGAAAAAUUUAUCUGUAUUAAUGCAGCAUUGUGUUGAUGAGUGUAAGAAGCUACGAGAAAAGAGUGAUGAAAUUCCUAAAAAAAAAGUUAAAACUACUCCGUUGGUUCUAUCGGACUUAGUUAAUGAAUAUCCAGAUAUUAUUACAGCAAUAGAUGACUUAAAUAAAGAACAGCUGAGUAGGAUUAUAAGUCUUAAGAACUCGAGAUUUAAAAGAGAAGAUAAAAUUAAUUUAGAAGUGAAUAAGAGUUUUAAUGAUGACAGUGAUAUUUUAAAAACUGUUGUUGACAGGUUUUGUUCUCCAGACAUUAUUGAUGUUAUUGUUAACAGUUUGUUAAAUGACUGA